GUUUGUCUGUCUGGCUGCAUUAAGUAAUUAAUGCAGUGCUGUUAAAGAAAGAAUAUCAUCACAAUUCAUACAUCAUGCAUCAGCUCUAUCUAGUACUGAUUUCCUCAAUUGCUUAAUUAAGCAAGCUCUUCUUGAACAAAUCGAGCUAGCUAGCUAUCUAGUCUGCAUGGAUCAUGACACAUCAGAUAAUUGGUUUCAGGGAAUUACAUUAAUUGAUAAUAUUAAUGAAGAUGGAGCAACAAUAUUAAUGGAGUCAUCUUCAUCACCAUCACAAUCAUCAUCAUCAUCUCCUAGUACUACUGCUACUACUACUACAUUAAUGGUUGAUAUGCUAGCACGGCCACCUGGGCUAACUGAGAGGAGGUUGAGGCCGCCGCAUGACCUGUCACUCAAGUGUCCCAGGUGCGAUUCAACCAACACCAAGUUCUGUUACUAUAACAACUACAGUCUCACUCAACCCAGAUACUUUUGCAAGACCUGUCGAAGGUAUUGGACAAAGGGUGGAACCCUAAGAAACAUUCCUGUCGGUGGUGGAUGUCGUAAGAACAAGAAGGCCACGGCUGCUGCUUCUGUUGUUGUUACAAACAACAAGAUUAAUACUAAUCCAUCACCCUCUUUACUACACUUGUCUGCUUCUUCUUCUUCUAAUUUUAUGCAUGGAUCGGGAUCCACAGACCUUGCCAAUUUCAUGGCUGAUCAUCACGGCAACAACCCCCCUAGCUUUAUGGCUGGAGCUGGAACUGGAAUGUACAAUAAUAUUGGCAUGAUGCCAUUUGACUUCAUGGAUACCAAGUAUGAUCAGUCGACCUUGUUUGAACAAGGUACUACUACUAGUAGUAGAAACUAUGAUUUCAUGGGAAAUGCUACUCAUCAUGACCAUAUGGGCUUCAUUGGACUAGGGAUCAAUAAUGGGAUCAUGGCCUUGGGACCCAAUUUUCAUGCACUUUGUCCUUCUCAUCCUCCAUUUGAUGACAAUACUGUUAUUAAUAAUGCCAUCACCUCUAAUUUCAUGGAAUCAAACGCUACUAUUACUAACUAUAGUAUCAAUAACCCAACUCAUGAUCAUCACAAUAAUAAUAACAACCUAGUAGUAGAGGUGAAGCCCAAUCCCAAGAUCUUGGCCCUUGGAUGGCAAGACCAGGCUUGUUUUGAUGUCGGCAAGGACUCUUAUGGAUACAUCAACGGUGCUACUACUAUGGGAUCUUGGCCAGGUUUCAAUAUCAACGGCUCCAACUCCUCAAACCCCAUGGUUUAAGAAACUUAUGUGGCGCCCGAGAACCUAUUUGUGGGUGAUCGUUGCUGCCUGGGGAUAAUUAAAUUAAGAAGCCUAUUUAUUAUUGCUUUUUUAUAAUUAGUGUUCAGGGUUUUCUUGAAUUGACUUAACAAGAAGCUGGAGUAUUAGAGUUUAUGGUUUUUAUGUAUGAAUCCAUGCAUUGCUUGCCUUCAAUUCCUUUUACAUUAAUAUUUUAUGAAUUUGUUGCCUCU